AUGGCGCUUGCUACUGCAGGCAUGUGCCGUUCUGGGGGCCCCCAACGAAGUUUGUUCAAUUUGUUAGCCAAUAGUAACGGUGACGAAACAAUCACGAAGUAUCGGCGACGCUUUCCGAAGCUCAACUAAAGUUUGGUAGUGAAAGUAUUAGGCAGAAAGUUUGCAGUUUUAAGCUCUACAUAGACAGAUGUCGUUUUCCAAGUGGUCAUAGUUUUUCACUGGACCAGUUAAAAGCUUAUUAAGAUCAGAUAUAGCUUAUAUUUGGCUAAUAAAAGUUUCUACACGAAGAUUAACCGAACAUGUCGCAUUUCCUUGGUCAGCGGCCAUUCUCGCACAAAACCGCGGGAAUUCAAGAUGGCGGUUGAGUGAGCUGCUUGUAGAGUUUCGUUUGAUUUCUGCGAGUGUUGUUUGAGGCAAAUAAAUUUAUUUAUCCUUCUUUUCUUUAUUAACAGGCUAGAAGACGAUGAAGCUGAAAAUACAAUGUCAAUACUUGUCGGUGAGUGUUUUUUUCUUUUGGAAGGCAGGCUUGCGUUGUAUGCGCGCAGCUUCGCAGCUGAGAGUUUAAAGGCUUUAUACAUAAUUUUAUGCAGGUUGAGAGUCUGGCCUGGCAGGCACAAAGCUGAUGUGAUCUGUCAACCCACACUCACAGGGUUGCAUGUAAAAGGAUUGGCUCUUGGGCUGAUCUUCCGUGGAUUUCAAAGGACCUUAAGAGGUCCCACACAAGGGCUGAGAUCAAGGAAUGCCUAUAUAUGACAAACGGAAAUACCUUUCCAGAAAAAAUCUCAAGAUCGGGCCAAGAAGAGCCCAGGAUGAAUAAAACCCUUAACUUUGAUCUUAAAGAAAAACCAAAAAGAUUCUGGUCUUAUAUUAAAAAUAAAAGGCAGGUUUAAAUUUGAGUUCCGCCUUUAUGGAUCAGUCAAUUCCAGCUGCGCCGAGCCGGCCCCCCAACCCCCCGGGCUACUGCGGGGUAUUUGCCCGCCUUGUAAGUCCCGGGGGUGGGGCAUACUAAAGUUUCAUGGUAUCAAGGGCAAAGCAUUGGAAUGGAUAAAGUCUUGGCUGACCAACAGAACACGAACUAUCGUCAGUAGUGGACGGAUCAAUCUCCAAGGCAGUAGCUGUGAUGUCUGGAAUACCCCAAGGAACCAUACUUGGUCCUCUAAUGUUCCUUUAAUAAUACACAGGAGGAUCUGGAAUUCACACUUAGGUUAUUUGCAGAUGAUGAUCUACUAUGUAUAUCAGAGAAUCACUUGUGAGACUGACACCAUGGCUUUGCAGUGUGAUCUUGACAAACUCGGAUGAUGGGCACAAAGUUGGCAAAUGGUUUUUAAUCCUUCUAAGUGCUACAAAAUGUCAGUUUACUACUCUAGAUCACCAGUCCUAAAAUGCUACAAGCCAUUUAACCAGGUUCUUUCAUUUGUUCAGCAACGUCCCUACCUUAGAAUCCUGUGAUCUGAUGAUUUACAGUGGAAUUUGCAUAAUCACAAGAUUGUGAAAAAAGCUAAUUCAACCCCUCAUUUUGUCAAACGCAAUCUGCUAUGUAACACUUGUCAGACCUCAUUUAGAAUUUGCCUCUGCUGUAUGGGAUCCCUACUGGCAAGAUCAAAUAGACAAGAUUGAAGCAGUCCAGAGACGAGCAGCAUGAUUCAUCAAAAACAUUACCACUGGAAUGCUGCAUUCGCUGUCCUUAGAACCAUUGAAGGGGAGAAGGAAAAUCCAUCGUCUUUGUGCAUUCUACCAAGUUUACAACAACAUAAUCACCUUACCAGUUUCUCAUUAUUACCAGCAAUCGAUGCGUGCAACAAGAAGCCAGUUGAUGUAUAUCAGACCCUGCACUCGUGAUGACUAUUGCCUCUAUAGCUUCUUUCCAAGGACUAUAAAAGAUUGGAACAUAAUCCCCCUGCUAUUAGGGUAGAAAAUUAUUCUAAUUUUUGUUAUUACCUUAGCUAUAAUUCUUAAGUUGAUGUUAUAUUACUUUUUUUAAAAUUUUUGUUAAUCUCUUUUCGAUGCGAAAGCAUUCAGGAGUAUACCACAUUACCAGUAGAUGUAGAAGUCAAGUUCACUUUAAUUUUAUCUUUUUCAUUGCAUUUACAUUUUAGCUACAGAUUGUCAUCUUGGGUACAUGGAAAAAGAUCAAGUUCGAGGGAAUGACUCACUCGUAACAUUUGAGGAAAUACUGCAAAUAGCAAAGGACAAAGAUGUAAGUAGAGAAAACGUUUUUUGCACAUAAGAAAAGGGUACCUUUUUAACUGACUAUAAAACUGGCCCAACUCCAACUAACGGGACUAACUCGAAAUAUAUAGUUGGAAGAGAAAGGGGACAGUACUAGUGUACCACAAAUAGUGAUUGGAAAGUUUUUGGAGCCAUUUGCUUCCAGAGCCACUCCCUGAAGUAUUUUAGGAAGUGUGCUGCUAGUUCUCUUAGACUCAGAACUUGUUCUACUAAGGCUCAUUCUUCUACCAUGGGCAUCUUGGUGGUGUGAAAAUGUGGUUAUAUUGAGACACCCAUGACUUGAGAAUGAGCCUAGACUUAUUUCAGACUAGAAAACUUUUUUAGAUUUAUCAUGGGAUGACCCUAAGGUUCGUUAAGGAAAUUGAAUGCAUCCUUUGCUCUGUACCUUUGAAGUACAGGGUGCCCAGUAUAUUGUUUUCAUGAAAUACUAAGAUGUCCUAGUUGUCUAAAAGCAAAAGUAAAGCCAGGGCCAGUGUGCAGAUAGAGGAUAGCUGUUAUUUUCCACCCCAAUUUAAAUGAUAAGGAGAAUGAAUAGAGGCUCAUGACAAACUAUUUCUGGGAUAAUUUGGGUGGUAUAAUGAUAGAUCGUAUAUGAAGGUCUCGUCACACAAUUAUGUAACACUAGUUUUUGUACAUUAAGAUGCCCUUUUUUGUCAGUUUAGCAAGGUUUGGACUCGCUGUGUUGUCAAGAACAAGUUAGUUCUAUUAAAGUGGCCUCAAUCAAAACCAAUAAAAUGUCAGUUAUAACUGACUGUUUCCAAAGGCAAUCAUUACCAAUAAUUAUUACCAAUCAUUGCAUGCAUAUUACCCAAAAUUUGAUAAAGAAUAGAAUAAAAACAGGAAACUUGUAAUAAACGAUACAGUAGAUUGUUUUUGAUUUAAGAUUAUCUCAAUUUUUUACAGAUUUUUAAAUAUGUAGAAUUAAUAUCUCAGGCUGUGAAAUUUUGGUCCUGGGGCAAGUGACAUAUUUUGAGGCAUUGUUCUCCUUUAUAUACCCAGCACGCAUGUUGGGAAUGGUUAAAAACUUAAUCCAUGCUGUUUCAACAUUCAACACUCUUUUUCCAUGUUACAUCUUGUCCAAUUUGGUAAAUGUUGGUGAAUUUUUCUAAAGUUAUAAUCUAAAGGUCUGUAUUGUGGUUUAAAAAAGAAUUAGAAAGUCGUUGUCUUGUGCCUACUUCCUCCACCAGGAUGAAAAGAAAGGGAGUUUUACAGCUUGCCAUUUGGGCAAGCUGAAGCUAGCAUGUAAUAGCCCAAAAGUCAUUUCAACUACCUGUAGCAUGAUGAGCAGGUUUGAUUACAGUUCUUUGUGAUUUGAUUUCCCCGAAAAACUUCAAUGGCGCAUCAGGCAACUUAAAAACAGAACACACUAACCCAAUAGCAAAAUCCACUAGCCCUGGGCUAUGAGACACUACUUUCUUUGCACACUGUCCACAAAACGUGAAAUAAGGAAGUUUCACGUCAUUGUCAUGCAACGACGGCAAGGAAAUGUACAAAAGAAGCGUGAUGCAUGUGCAAAAUCGUUGUUUUGCUAAUCCAAACCAGUUUCUUUGCCGUUCUUGUUGCUGUCAUUUGUUGCUUAGUCCUAGUUGAACCACCAGCUUCCCGUCUAAACAGAUCUCACUUGGAAAGCCUGUCUAUUGUCAAUUCUGACAAAUGAGAAUGUAAUAAUUUUAUUUAGUUUAUUCAAGAGAGGUAUGGAAGAGAAGUUAUUAAAGGCAGAAGCCACAACAAAGCAGGGGGAGUUAAGAACAAUGCCUCAAAAUAUGUAGCUGUUUCAGUCGACCCUAUUCACAUGGUCUUCUGACCAAAAGCUGCUCAAAUAGGCAAAUUUUGUAUUUUUUAACCGAGCAUGGAGGCCAUUAGUUUUAUCCAAUUCACGCAAAUUGCACUGCAUUUGAAAGCUGAAAGCGCGUAGAAGUUGUCAAAAUUUUGCCACAUUUGGGUGAUAUGCACUUUAAGUAAACAUAACUAAUGCUUGUUCUCAAAACUCCUCGCACCAACACAGGGCAGUGCUCUAGCGGUGCCUGGUGGCCCCUGGUGUCCAACUUGUACUCUUGGGCAACUAGAAAAUCUUAGCUUUUUCCUUAAAAUCAAAUGCUGGGCACCCAAGAUUUCACAGGCUCAGAGCACUGACCUCCCUUCAAUUUUCCUUACGGCAAAGCUUUGACCAAAAGCUUGUAUGCAUGAAGUUAUGUUUGAGGGCUGAUCUCAAGCAAGAGAUCAGCUCUGUCAACAAAGUAAUAAAUAAUAAUUUAGUCAUUUUGUUAUAAUUUUUGGCUUUUUUUUCAACAGGUUGAUUUUAUUCUUCUUGGAGGGGAUCUUUUUCAUGAAAACAAACCUUCAAGAAAAACCUUACACAACACAUUGGCUUUAUUCAGGAAAUACUGCAUGGGUGACAAACCUUGCCAGUUAGAAUUUCUUAGUGACCAGUCCUUGAACUUCUCCAAUUCUCGGUUAGUAUGAUUUGUCAACAAACUUGGAACAAGGCUGUGUUCUAAGAAAAUAACAUCAAAGGGAGCUCACUGCUCUGAACCUGUGAAAUCCAGGGUGCCUAGCAUAUGAAAAAACUGAGGUUUUCUAGAGACCCAAGACCAAAAUUAGGACACCAGGCAGGGAUCACAGGAAACUGCUAGGGCACCGGCCUGUGGAAUUGUCCUUUUUUGCAUUUAAAUAGGCCAGUUUCGAAUUAUUAAAAUUCAUACUUGGCUCCAAGGCUAAGGGGAAUAAAGCAACAGAAUUGUGAUGCAAUUUUGUGAAUGGUGAUGCAAUUUUGUUUGUUUUAUUCUUCUCACCCUUGGCACUAAGUAUGAAUUUUACUAAUUCAAAACUGCCCAUUUGAAAUUCCUGUUUUGACUUUAUAAUUAAAAUAUUAUUAAUAUUAGUAUCCGUUUUCUUUUAUCAGUUUUCCUGUGGUAAAUUAUGAGGAUCCUAACCUUAACAUAUCCAUUCCAGUCUUCUCAAUUCAUGGAAAUCACGAUGAUCCAGCUGGGGUGAGAAUUAAUAAUAUACUCUGAAAGAUUCUUAAAUGUUCUUGAAGAUAAACGUCUACUAAACUAUCCUCUGAUUGAGGAUAAAAAAGGAUAAAGUACCUUUUUUGAAGUAACUAGCUAUGGGGUUACUGUUAGAGUAAUAGUAAGUUAACCCCAAAAGCGACUAAUACCAAUUUUCUAAUCUCCUAACAGUAUCAAUACAUAAUCAAAAGAAAAGGUUUGGAGAAUUAAUAAUGUGAUCAUGUACGGGAAACUUGAUCUUUUAUCAAAUUCUUUCAACACAUUCUAUAAUGAAAUGUAUGGAGAUCAGUCUGGAGAAUCUGUAUAUGGAUAUUGAGUCUCAAAGGGUUAAUAGCUGAGGCCCAGGGUCCUUGUGAUAAGAAGUCUGAGCAUAAUAAUUUUCUGGGCCCAGGUAUAGUCUUGCGCAGGAGUUGUUAUAUCAGUGAUAAUACAUACCUGUAUGUCACUAAAGCUAGCAUUUUACAUUUAAUUCCUGUGUCCUAAAAAUGUCUUGUUUAGGAUGGAAACCUUUGUGCACUGGACUUACUUAGUGUCUGUGGAUUUGUCAACUACUUUGGAAGAGCGACGUCUAUUGAUGACAUCACAGUGUCACCCAUCUUGAUUCAGAAAGAACGUGUAAAACUGGCCCUUUAUGGUUUAGGAUCUAUCAGAGAUGAGCGUCUUCACCGAACAUUUCUCAAUGGGAAUGUGAAAAUGCUCAGGCCCAAGGAAAAUCCCGAUUCCUGGUGCAAUGUAUUUGUGCUUCAUCAAAAUAGGUAAACACGAAUUUUAAAAACAGUCAAACCUGCAUUAAGCAUCUCCUUCUAUUAAGCUGUCACUUUCUUAAGUUCAGAAACUUGUGUCCCUUAAUAAUACAGGUCAGCUUUAUUUCAAAGGUCUAAAUAAAUUUCGUUUGGUUUGUUUUUUACAGGACAAAUAUUUAAUUAGCUUUCUUUUUAGUCUCCAACAGGGUCAGGAUUCAAACUUCCAGCAGCACCAAAUUGUUUGCUUUUUUUCUUGAUCUCCCCUGUUAUUAGUUUCACUUUAAAGUCCAUUGCUUUUUAAUAACUUAAUAUAUUACUAUUUUUGUAAUCAUCAGGGUUAAGCAUAGUGCAACAAACUACAUUCCAGAGAAGUUCCUCAGCAACUUUCUUAACCUUGUAAUUUGGGGACAUGAGCACGAGUGUAUUAUAGAUCCCAAAAAUUCAGAUGACCCAGACCUAGAUUUUUACAUCAGUCAACCUGGCUCCAGCGUGGCAACUUCACUCUGUGAAGGAGAAGCAAAAACUAAGUAAGUGUUGGAUACCAGAUUAUGUUUAAAAUACUAACUGCCAUGCAAGCAUCAGAACUGGUAUAUUUGGAACAAUAAAAAUAUUAUUUACUUACUUAUGGGACAUCCACCAGGGCAUUUUGUUAGGCAUUAAUUAUGUUUAUAGGGGCACCCAACGAGAAUUAGUUCAAAACCACUUUAAACAUAACAUUGUAAAUGUAUUUUAGUAUUUAAACAGUAGAUAUAGGCAUAUUUUUAUCCCCUAAAAGUUUUUCAUCUGUUCGGAUUUCCUAGCUGACAGUCUAGUGAUCUGAAAAUCAUAGGGAUCAAAACUUACCUUUUGAAAAUUUCAGCCGGAAAAAAGGCUCCCGAAAAUUGUAGGUGACCUUUUUAGAGUAAAAAUCCGUUAAAAAUGGACAAUUACACCAUUUUUUAAAAUGUUCCGAAAAUUCUAGAUCUCAAAUCGUCUUCCGAACAGAUAUUUUCCGAAAAUUGACGUUGGGUACCCCCGUUUUGUCAGGCUGUGAGGCAUUUGCCAUUGAUCCUCUGCCUGGGUGUUUUUCAUUGUUGAUGUGAUGUUUCAACAAUUAGAUUUCCAUACAGGAUGUAUGAUAUUGAUAAUGAUUUGAUGAACAGUUAUGGACAAGCAUGCUUCAUGUGAUCAAGCGUAAGGCAUGUUGAUUCACAGGUGGUAUGCAUCCCACCGUUCCUAGUGAACAUCUGGUUUAAUAACUUCCAGUUUAUAUGAACAUUUCAGGUGAUAUCACAGUUUUUGUACUCUUAAAAGCAAAAAUAGAUGGAUGGCAGGUUGCACUUCUCUUGAAUAUUGUUAAUAAUAUUAAUACGCUACAUGACUUGCAGUUUUAUGCAAAUAAUUGAAAUUAUUUUUUCAAACUUAGUGUUGAUAUUCGAAUUUCUUAUAAUGUUUCAAUGAUGUGCACUAAUGUCUUGCAUUGCAUAGAAAAUAAAAUCAGAAUAAUAAAAACUGAAACGUAUAGUAUACAUAAAGCAUCUUUGGAAAGCAUGUUGUACUUAAGGUGAACAUCACCAAAAAUUGCGGCUGCACCUCAUAGCCAGGUAUCUGGGCUUAAUUUUCAGCUUGUUAACUUAGAAAAAUCACGUUCAAUUACGGUAUUUAUUAAAGUAUAGCUAGAAAACGAAAAAAAACAGACAGUUUUAAAAAGAGCAAUGUUGAAAUACUACUAAGGGGACUGGGGAUGGGUUGGCAUAAAAAUGAGCUUUGUUUCAUUUUCCCUCCCUACCCUUGUGGCAUUGUCAUUAGCAUGGCUUGCAAAAGAUUGUGGUUGUUGUGGACAUGUAUAGCAUUACAGUGUGACGUCAGGUCAUGUGGAACUUGGAACGCUUUGUGAAUAAUGUGUUUUCCACCAUUCUUAUUGUUGAAUAGAGUUUUGCUGUGAAUUGAUAUUAAAUCAAUUUGGAACCAAAAGAUCCCUUGACUCCUUGACGAGACCCACAAAAAUGCCUUAUCAAGAAUUGCCUUCUCUCACAGUGGUAAAAAAUGUGAUUUGAGGUUUUUUCUGCCUUGCGAGAUUGUUAACUGCCUCCAGUCCUUACUAUUUUGUUCACCGCCUAGCAAUUAAACAGAACGGGGAUAGUUGUUGAAAGUGGGUGGAGGUUGGGUUUAGGUUUAUUGUUUUCCUAGCCUUUGUGGAGAGAUAAGGAUUGAAUUCCAAAGACUUUGAUUUAAGAGGAAUUUGGGCAAUAAUGUAGCUAGCUUGUGUGUUUUCUUUUUUGAAAUUGCCAAGACCCUGUAAAAAACAAUGUGUUACUCGUUUCAUGCAAUGUUUUUUGAAAUCUGGAAUUUCUUUGCAAAAGAGGUUGCACAUUUUGGGAAUAAAAGCCUUUAACUGAGUGUACAUUUCAGAUGUUUCCCUGUACUUAUAACUUUUCGACUCUAGAAAAUCCGCGAGAAUAUAAAUAGAAGGAAGGAGGAUUCGCAUGAAGUUGAUCCGUUAUCCGCAGCCGCGAUCCUAGGAUCCUAUCCAUUCCCGUCUUUACAAAGUGAUGAGGAGAUCUGGACACAAGUUUUCGUUUGGGAGGUUCUCUCACUGGGAAGAAACUCGUUCGGUUUCCUUCCUUUAGCUGAGGAGAUCACAAGGCGACGCAGGCGAGUUAAAAGGAUGUUAAUGACUUCUUCAACUAAAUUUUGAGACAAAGAACAACUCCGGAAACUCUACGCUGAGUAUAAGCGCUCGAAAAGUGACGCUGCGAUACAAAUUAAACGCGAUCUCCGUGGGAAAACUGCGCAAUAUCACAAUGGAAAACGAUUUAGCAGACAGAUUCAUUUCGGAACGCAUCAUACGCAAACUUAAGGAUACUUUACAAGCACAGAGCUCACUUCCUCAGAAUGAUCUUUCCUUACAGUUGUCGUGCAUGCAAGCAUCUGCAUCAACUCUUCUUGAAGUAAAGAACAUCUUGGAUGGUCUAAGCAAAGCUUCGGUCAAAAGCGUAGCUGACACUCUGGCUAAUUCUGAUGUUCAUUUUGUUUUACAGCGGUUUUUAUUCAGUUCUUAUUACUUUUUGCCCUCAGACGGUGGAAUGGUGGCCAGUUUGACGAAAGGGGAAGUAAAUCGUCCUUCUGGAACGCUCAUAUUUUGCCCUCUUUAUGUUGCCGUAGCGGAAGUUCUUACACAUCUAGUCGCAAGUCCAACAUUUGCAAGCAGUCUGUCCUCAACCAAAAUACUUCAGCUAGUUCUACAAGAUCUGAAUGUGCUGGUAUUGCCAAGUUCUGAGCCAGACCAUUUUAAGAUGCUUCUGGCCAAUAUUCAGUUUUUAUGGCAGGUGUCAAAAAGCCCCGCCACAUCCGCUCUGUUUUGCAACGUGAGUGAUACCCUGUUGAUUCUUAUUAACGUGUUUGUUAGUUAUCAAGGACCCUUUGAACAGCUGACUACACUAGUCAAAUCCUUAGUCAUGUUUAUUGCGGCCAGCGUUGCCGAUGAUGAAACAAGCGUGUACUUGCUUGCGGAAGAAAGCUGCAUAGAUUUCAUUGUUGACAUUCUCAGAAAGUCCGUAAGCACGGGAGAGACUUACCUUAAUUAUCAGGGUGUUUACGCUGUAGACAUUGCCAACUGUAUUGAGAAAAUGAGCCGAUUUGCAGGUUUGCAAGAAGCACUUCUGGGGCAAGGUGUAGUGGAGCUCCUUGUGACUAUGAUUCAGAUAGGUGAUCCUUUUGAUGACAGAGCAGCAGCCAGUGCCACGAAUGCACUCAUGCAGUGCUAUGGGGAAACAGAUGUUCCAGUUUUGUUGCAAGGACUAGCGUCAGACAUAGAUUCAUCAUCAGAAAGAUUGGAACUCUUUAGUCAUAAUUUGAAGGAACAAGAUGUUGUCCCCAAAAAUGGAGAUAGAAAGGAAGUGGGAAGUGCAGAAGAGGACGCUCUGGUGUCGAAAGUGCAACAGCUAAGUCUGGAGACUGAGGGCUGCAAUGUUACUGAACAGUUACAAAGUGAGGUAAAUGUUGAGGGAAGGGAAAUCCUGGCAGAAAGUGAAAAUUUUGGAGAGGAUAUCAAGGGGUUUAAGUCAGAAGGACUUGAGCAAAAUAUGGAGGGUAUCAAAGAAAACACUGACAAAAAUACUGGUGUGUCUUUGUUUGAUGGAGAAACCACAUCUAAAGCUACAGAUAAUGAUGCUGAUAGAAAGGGGAAUGCGGCAACAGAAACAGAGAAGCCCAAGGGAUUAUCUCAGGAGAGCAGGGAAUGCGAUAUUGGUGAUGAUCAGCAGAAGGAAAAAUUUGCAGUUGAAAUGCUUGAAUUGAAUGGAAAAGUGGCGGAAUGUGAGGUUAAGAGUGCUGAAGAUGUCUUUAGUCUUCAAAAAGAUAGAGGGCAAAUAUGUGAUUCAGAUAGAGAAUCAAAAACUAUUUCAACAGCAGAUUCUAAGGAAAUUGAGGAAAAGGAAAUGGAGAUAUUACCUGCACAACCUUUACUUGAAGUAACAAGUCAAAGUGAAACCUUCAAGGCUGUUCCACCAGAGCAAGACGAUAUAUCCUCUUACCUGAAAGAGCAGAUCAAGAGCAUGGGAGAAGACGAAAUUAAGUACUUAACAAUUCCAACACCUUUCCAGCAGCCCGAUCUUAUCAAGCAAUCAGAGCCUGAGAGCACACAACAGUCUUCCCAGAAGCCAUUCCACUAUCAGCAAGCUGGAACUGACCCUGUGUCAGGACAAGACUUGCAUGAUAUACAUUGGAGUCUGAUAGAGCUAGGUGUUCACAACAUGUAUGAUGCGAAAGUGGUUGGCCUGCUUAACGAACUCCUAGAAGAGUCAAAACUAAGAGAAGCUGGUGUCUUUGAGAUACUCAAUCAUGUCCCUCGUGUCUACACUUACAAAUUUCUAAGAACAGGAAGCAUGGAACGACAACUAAGAGUUGUUCCUGCAUACAACAAAGGUGGAAUCAAUGCUCCGUUUAUCCAUGCUCAACCUGAAAUAGAUUAUCAUUUGGUACUCAAAAAGUUUAUUUUUCAAAUGGUACCAGAUCAUGGCAGCAAAAUGCAUUUUCCAGGUUUUACUGUAAUUGGACCCUGGUUGGAGAAAAUCCCAGCAGAUCUUGAAGAGUGGAAUUUCUGCUUUGUGCCUUUAAAGUCUCAAUUUGUCGGAGGAAAGAUGCAAUUUUAUCUAUCUGCUGAAAUAUUGAAAGCAAAUUUCUUUUAUCCCAUUUUGUUGUCAUUUGUACACAUGAACAUCAGGUACAGGAUUCUUGAGGCAAAAGGGGAGAAUUUAACAAAGGAAAAACUGAAACAAGAAGGUAUCACUAUUAGGAAAAUUGAAGAGAAUGGUCCAGCAGUUACAGUACACUACUUACACAAUUAUCUUACUGCUGACUAUGUGUUAUCACUGCGUCACAUCCACUGGCCUUUGUGUGCAGCAGAAUGGGGAGGUCGGCAAAGGUAUUGGCCUAAUAGUGACACUGUCAACGAUGUCAUAAGUUAUGGCUGCCAUUUGGUACCAAAACAACCACCUACUCUCAGCAAAGAAGACCCACUGUAUGGCCUGUUUUUCCAGUACUCAUUUGCAAGAGCUGAAAACAUCCUGCUAAACAAACUGAAUGAGGAUAACCCAGUGCUGACUGAUUGUCUGCGCAUGUUAAAGUUUCUCUGUGAGAUGCAUUUUGACAGGCCACAGCUGCUGAAGUCAUAUCACAUGCAGACAAUCGUUCUGCUUGCAGCAGAGAGGCUUCCACUGUCGCACUGGAAAGCUGACAAUUUUGUGAAACAUCUGCUAGAUUUAUUGGAUGACUUGCUCCAUUUUCUUGUGGCACAAUAUCUACCUAACUAUUUCAUUCCUGCUCAGAAUCUUUUCCAGCAGUUUUCUUCUGAUUUUCUUAUUGAUGUGGCAAAGAGGGUGUCCAAAGUUAGGAAAAACCCGAUCAAAUACCUAACCCCCUCUAGGGAUCCUGAGAGAUUUGGGAUCUUUCUGAUUUGAUUGACCUCAAUACAGAUGAAUACACGCAUCCUAGAAGUGCGGUAAAGGUCUGAUAGAAAUGGACCCAUGAAGACCUCUUGCAUUCAGCUUAGCAUUAUGAUCAUAUCAGGAAAACAACAUUAAUGAAAAAAACAUUUUGGUAGCAAGUAGACUGAGUUUUGAGGAAAAAUGUACAGAGCCACCUUAAGAACAUCAGAAAUUUAAGAUGGAAUAAAGUUUGUAAAUUCUUUAAAAGUUGGAGUACAUUCUAAGGCACCUAAAGUAAGGGUGUUUUCAACAGGAUGUACUGUUGACUGUUGCCAUAGCAACCUGUACUGUUACAAAAAGGACCAUGACUCUUUUGCAAAUUAUUGAGCAUUUGUUUGAUAGCAUUACUAUUGCAUCAAGUGUAAAUGAGUUGUUGUAGUAGUAUUGAUUCUGACCAUUAACUUUAAAGUUCCGUUGACAUUUUAAAAAUUUAAGGUGCCCUAAAUUGUUUUUACAUUAUAGAAAGGUUAAAUUUAGCCUUGAGUGCUUCAAGCACUGAAAAAAAUAGUAAAAGGUGUUUCACUUUAACAGGUUAUAAACUGCUAUAUGGUAAUUUGUAGUGUUACAAAAAAACUAUCUACCUAUCUAUCUAACUUAGCUUUAUGAUCAUAUCAGGAAAACAACAUUAAUGAAAAAAACAUUUUGGUAGCAAGUAGACUGAGUUUUGAGGGAAAAUGUACAGAGCCACCUUAAGAACAUCAGAAAUUUAAGAUGGAAUAAAGUUUGUAAAUUCUUUAAAAGUUGGAGUACAUUCUAAGGCACCUAAAGUAAGGGUGUUUUCAACAGGAUGUACUGUUGAUUGUUGCCAUAGUAACCUGUAUUGUUACAAAGAGGACCAUGACUCUUUUGCAAAUUGUUGAGCAUUUGUUUGAUAGCAUUACUAUUGCAUCAAGUGUAAAUGAGUUAUUGUAGUAGUAUUGAUUCUGACCAUUAACUUUAAAGUUAUGUUAACAUUUUUAAAAAGUUAAGGUGCCCUAAAUUGUUUUUACAUUGUAGAAAGGUUAAAUUUAGCCUUGAGUGCUUCAGGCACUGAAAAAAAUAGUAAAAGGUGUUUCACUUUAACAGGUUCUAAAUUGCUAUAUGGUAAUUUGUGGUGUUACAAAAAAACUAUCUAACUUAAUCCUUUACAUUGAUGGUGUCAAAGAAAUGUUAGUGAUUAAGAUUUAUUCUGGGAAAAAACGAAAUUUAAAGUGUUUUAGAAUUGAUCCAUUUAUGCAGAGUGUUAAAAAAUGCUGAAAACCAUUUUGAGCCACUGUAAACCUGUUGCUCAGCUGCUUCCAUUUCAAAGUGUACUGCAUUUAGUCAGUGCCACCCAUAUUGAGGGUAGUGCUUACCACUAUGUCCAGACCAGUAACCAUUGACAAAGACAGAAUAGAAUACGAGAAAUCCCGGUAGUUUAUCAAUGCCUGAGUUAGUUAACGGUAGGUAGGAUUUAAUUUGCCUUUAUUUGCAGAGUCAACAUUUGUGCAAUGAAACCUUUAUACUAGGACAGAUAUUAUUGAGCCCUGUAAUGUAUCACUCUUUUGUUUUGUUCUGUAUCGUAGAAGCAAAAUGCACAACAAUGUGCUUCCAAUAAAUGAGAUGUUAGGAAAUAUAUUGUGUCCUGUGCUUUUAUGGAUGGAGUUGACAUGUAAUAGCCAUGAAAAAAGUGUUAAAAGUGGUUUAUUCCAACAUGGUGCAUUUUUUAACAAAGUAAUUAUUACAGAGAAAGGUUACUCAGUUAAAGGCAAAUUUCAGCUUUCAAAAAGCUUACAAACUGAAUGAAAUUCCUCUCUAAAGAAACCCAACCAGGGCCGUAGCUAGCAUGAAGCAAGACUGCCUCAUCUUGAUUUUUUGGCCUUUUUUUUUUUUUUGAAGAAACUUCAGCUGAAAACCUGGUCUCGAACAAGCAUGGCUAAUGCGAGGCUGAACGAGCUUGCUUUAGCGUACAUUCAUAAACCAACGGAAAUUGACAGUAGUUCUGUUUUAAAAAGAUGGGAUGCCUCGGGCCCCAGACGGAUUGCCUUAGCUUUCAGUAAAGAAUAGAGCGGUUCAUUUGAGUGUCGAAAAGUAAUUGGUUUUGCACUUUCUACACGAUGCGAUUGGCUUAAAAGAUUCGCGCCACCUUUUCAUCCAAUCAGAAGUAAAACCAAAGCCAAUUGUGACGCGCUCGCAUGCAUUUUCCCGCGCUUUGCGUCAGCCACAUGUAAUUACUUCGAGUUUUGAUUGGUUCAAUGUAUUGUCUGUGUCCUAUGUGAUUGGCCAGAGUAAUUACUUUGGUUUUGGUUUUACGACACUCAAACGAAAACCACUCUAAACGACGGACAAGAAACUUUUCGCUUUUCUAACUGUUAAGGGAGAAGUGAACUACUCUUAAUCGUGAAAGUUAAUGACUUCUUAGUCCUACAAGUUUAAGAGAUGGCUAUAUUAUGACAUGGCUGUCUCAAAGUUGAAGAACAUAAGCAAGAGUGUAUCGAAACAGAUAAUUGAUAAGUGAGCAUGAUUCUGUAUAUCAUCUACGAACUAACUUCAAAAAAAGUGUUACCUAAGACUUCUCCUAAUUAUCUACAGUAUAAAAUCCAUAAACGUUGGCUACUCUCGUGGAUUCAUUUUAUUGUUAUAAUACGUGUUACAACAUUUGAAUUCUUUAAAAUGCAGAUGGUCAUUAACUUGGCACCAGUAUCGCUAAGCAAUAAAAAAGUGAACUUCUACACUUGCCCAAGAUUGACUUUUCUGAAGAAAAAUGCCACGGAAAAUGCUUACAAGAACGUUUCGGAGCCUCUAGAUUUCAAAAUUUUCUGGCGGGGGGAGGGGGGGGUGGCAUGCCUCCAGACCCCCCUAGCGGCUAGCACCUUUGGCGCUCGAAACUUGCCUCGUCUUGUUCUGCUGUCUGGCAACGGCCCUGACAACAAUUGUAUAUAAAUCGAUGCUUUCACCUUGGAAGAUACUUCAUAGCAACAAAUUAACCCCGGUAAUAUAUGCAUGAUCUCAAAGAGUUGAAGGUAAAGUUUGGCAGGAAAAUUGAAUACAUAAUUGCGUUGUUUACUUCAAAAUAUUAUUGGUAAACAAUCUUGAAGUUUGGCUGAGUAGACUUAUCAGUCUGCAGUAUUUGUUUUUGUUGGCAACUGAAGAUGAAAAAAUGCACCAUUAGAAUGAACUUCUCCUUUGAAAUUAUGAGUGAAAAGAAGCUUUACACUCAAAAAUUCAUGAAAUCAUGUAUGACUACUUACGGCAUAUUUUAUACCAAGGCUGAAGCGUUUGAAAUUUGCAGCUCUUUUGGCCUAGAUACUCAUCAAAGUUUUGAGGUUUCCUUUUGGCCGAGAUGUAUGGGGUCCUUUUUAAAUUUUUCCACGUUGCUCUUUUUAGGUAGAGUAAGCUGUCAUUGCUGCACUUCAGAACAAUCCUUUGACGUUUUGAUACCAAUUAAACCGCCAUUUACAACUUUGAAGCCCCAUUUACACUACAGAAAAAAAUGGGGCCGGCCCAUAAAAAAGUUGGUACGGACCAGCUAUUUUUGCCUUGUAAACCUUCCUUGCCAUGUUUUCAUGAAAUGGAUACGGACUCGCCUUUUUCUGGUUUUGGGGUCAUAGGUGGCUAUGGCCCCAAAACCGAAAAAAAACGAGUCCCGAUACCUUUUACUGUUCGAAAGCGCUCUGUAAACGCAUCUUCGUUCCGCACCAUCGUCUUCAUGUGAGCCUGUCGUGCUUUAUGGUGGUUUCGCGCAUGUGUACUAUGCACUUUUCAAUCAUAAGCCUAACCUGAUUGUUACCCGUGUAAACGGUUAAAAAAAUUGGUCCGGACCACUUUUUAAUGGGCCCAGACCUGGUUUUUUCUGAAGUGUAAAUCGGACUUGAGAUUCUUAACAGAUUCUUAACUUGAUCUUUCUCACUACAGACAUGUUGGAAUUUUGGAGAUCAGAGAGGACACCAAUUUCAGAAUAAAAAAGAUUAGAUUGGAGACUGUGCGCCCUUUCUACAUGGACGAUGUAGUUUUAAGCAACACUGAAAUUGACCCCACCCAGGAAGAGUUGGUGAUGGCUUACUUAGUCAACAAAGUAAGUAAGCACCCGAUGACUGUUUUCUGUACAAUAUCUGUUUGGAGAAGCAAAUAUUGCCUAUUUUCUAUUACUUGAGGGCGGCCAAAAAUUUCUAGAUGAACGUUCCAUUCAUGUAGAAUUUUCGAAGCUUGUCUAAUAAAUUCUCUACGAUUUUCUGAAGUUUAAUUUUUCAUAUUUUGCUACCCAGUUUGCACUAUUUUUCUUAGAAAAAGGAAACCUAAAAUUUUCGGAUUCUAAAAUGUAAUGGAGAGAGGAAUCAGGAAAAUUCUCACCUUCGUAAAAUGUGAAAUUGCACCUAAAAUUUUCGGGAAAUUAAUACUGAAGCCCUUGUAAUUUCGAAAAGACUUAAGUUCCCCUAGGAUGACCGAACAGAUAAAAAUUUUGUAGCGCAGCUUAUAAUUCAUUUCUAAAUUCUAAAAGUACUUUUUGGAUAGCCUAAAUGGUGUUUUUCAAUGUACUUUGGAGGAAACCGUCGUUAGGUGCCCCUGGUAAACAUUCGAGACUCGUGUCUGCCAAAAUUAUGUGUGACAUUUUGACAACAAUGCUGUCAAAUACUUUAACAUUUAUCUGGGUGGUAAUUAUUCGGGGGCGAGAUAUCUCCACCAGCUCCUAUGAGUAUGAUCUCUGUCUACUUCCAGCCCUUUUUGAGGGGCUUAUUUUUAAAGGCCCUUUUAGAGGGGCUUAUCUACGGAGGGAAAUUUGCGUUUCAAAAUCGAUUGGGCUAGCCUUAUAGUUGAAAGUAAAUUUAUCGUUUUUGCUUUGUUUUACUUUGUAUUUGAGGGUAAUUUUCCAAGUACAAGCCCCCGGGGGGCUUAUAUUUGGAGGGGCGAUUUAACGGAGGGUUUUUUGCGUUACCGGUCUGGGGGGCUUAUAUUUGGAGGGGCUUAUUUUCGGAAUUUUACGGUAUAUAGAUUUAGCCAGGGCUAAAAAGCGUAGCUGCAGUUAAUAAUUAAUGUAGAUCUCCUGUAUGUUUCACUGUCUUGUUUCUGCUUCAUGGCAGGUAGAACAGUUGAUUGAAAAGGCUGAGAGAGAACACAGUGGCAAUCCACGACAACCUGACAAACCUCUGAUAAGGAUACGGGUAUGAUGGCUGUAAUCUCUGAUCCAGACUUAACCCUUUAAGUCCCAAUAGUGACCAAGAUGAAUUUUCUCCUAACAAUAUCCAUACAUUGUCAACAGAUAAGUUAUGAGAAUUAUUAAAAUGAUCACCCAAGUAAAAAUGCCUUGAUCUUUUAUCAAAUUCUCUCAACUCAUUCUUAAAGGAAAUGUAUGGAGAUCAGUUUGGAGAAUUUGUAUGUGGAUACUGGGGCUUACAGCGUUAACAGUGAUAACCGCCCACCUACCCCUUACCUAAGCCAACACCAACACUUGCUUCUCACUUGGGUCAAAAUGUUGGCUUAGGGGAGGGGUAGGUGUUAGUUUCCCAGUAACGUAUAAUGAUCCAACCUUUGUUUUUACUCAGUGUUUAGGUUGUCUCGUAGCCGUGUACGUAGGUCUAGCAGGAUGUUGUUGACCUUUAGCUUCAAGGAGCAGUGUCACGAAAUUCAGCCAAGUUAGGAAAUUACAAAAUGCCCGUUAAAUUAAGAGAAACAUAAAAAAUAACCACUUAAAACUUGAAAGGAAGGUUAAAAUAACAUAACAGAAACAACAGAUGCCACGGAUGGGCAAAACUGAAGAAGACUGAAACGGAUUGAAAUUAGGGUUUUUGAAAACUGUUCAGCCUAACAGUUUUUCAAAGUUGAUCCCUGCUGCUUGCAACUUCAUAAAUACUGCUCAGGAUCUCUGAUUUUGUCAUUUACAUGUAAUUUCUUUGCUUACUUUAAGUUCCACAGCGAUUGAGGGCGAAUAAUUAGCAAAGUUAAGCAAAAUGAGCUGGACUGCCGUGACACGGCCCCUUUAAUGACUUUCAUGAAUAUGAAUUGAAAUCUAUUGCGUUAUCGAAAUUGAAUUUUGCAAGAUUUUCAUCAGUAGCUAUGUUCCUAGCAAAGAAUGUUGAUUACCUUUAAAUUUAUUAUAGACAUCAUGUGAAUGUUCGUUUGCAAAUUUUGCAAACUAGACAUCUUACCCAUUUUUAAACUUAUGUUGACAGUCUUAAGCCAAAUAUCAGCAUUCCCAUAUCUAGGCUUCUGUUUGAAGAUAUCAAGAAAGUGGUAGUUUGAUUCUAAGGCCCAGUUCAGAUGCCGAACUUUUCAUGAGCCGAACCUAAAUUGAAUUAAGUACAUGAAAAGUUCGGUGUCUGAGGCAAUUAGGAAUGCCAGUUUCAAUUUGAAACAGCUCUGUCGUUCUUUCCGCCUAGCCGGCUGGGAAUUUCCACUUUGGAUGGACUUUGGAACAGCGUUGUUUCAGACGCCGAACUUUUCAUGUACGCGAACCAAAUGCAUGAAUGAUUUAUGAUGUACCGUAAAAUUCCGAAAAUAAGCCCCGGGGCUUAUAUUUUUCAAAGACCCUUUUUGAGGGGCUUAUUUUUGGAGGGGCUUAUCUACGGAGGGAAAUUUGCGUUUCAAAAUCGAUUGGGCUAGCCUUAUAGUUGGAAGUAACUUUACCAUUCUGGCUUUGUUUACCUUUGUAUUUGAGGGCAAUAUUCCAAGUACAAGCCCCUGGGUAGCUUAUAUUUGAAGGGGCGAUUUAACGGAGGGUUUUUUGCGUUACCGGUUUGGGGGGCUUAUAUUUGGAGAGGCUUAUUUUCGGAAUUUUACGGUAUUUUGUAAGCAAAAUGAAUAUUUUUCUCAUUUUGAAUUUAGUUCCGCUGGAUUGGAAGUCUGAAUCAAUUCAGCCGGUCUAAAUAAUUUGGGUCGGCCUUAAUUCGAAUUAGGUUCGGCUCAUGAAACGUUUGGCGUCUAAACCGGGCCUAAUAGAUUACAUGCGUUUCUUAGAGUUAUGCAAAAUUUCGACAGUAUUUCAUUUCCCAUUCAUUUCCUCUUUUGUUAACAGGUUGAGUAUAGUGGUGGUUUUUCGUCCUUCAAUAUUAGAAGAUUUGGACAACAGUUUGUUGACAGAGUGGCUAAUCCAAAGGAUAUUUUACAUUUCUAUCAGAGAAAAAAACCACCCACCAAAACAGGUAAUUUAACCACAGUUACAGGGGGGUGGGGAGGGGGGUACUUCCUCAUAAGAGGCUAAUGGCGUCGCAUUUUAACAAAUGGAUUGACUAUAAUGAGGUCGCAUUUUCAAAAGAGUUACUAGAAUGAGGUCGCACAUUUUCGGAUUUUUUGGGGUAAAACAGUUCUUCAUAUUCACGGUUAGCAAACGUACCAGAAUGUUUGCACUGUAGGUGAAAAGUAAAGUGUUCUUCAUUCAGUUUAAAAAAUGGUUCAAUUCAUAAAAAUAGAAAGUGACUAAGUUGGGAUCGUGAAAAUUACACAUUUGCCCCAAAGUGACUAAGAUGGAGUCUAUAAUUGGUCACAGAAAAGACUAUAAUGGGGUAGGGGCUCUGAGAUCCCAGCGGCACAUACCCGGCAAAAAUUUAGCCAAGUACCCCCCGCGCCAUCGUUACAUCUACAUGGGCGUAGAUACACCGAUCAGAGGUUGAGGUGGAAUGGCGGUAGAUUCCGGGGGGACUCCCUUUGAUGGCCUAUACAGGGAGGCUCCGCUCGAAAGUGGUAUCUUUUUCAGGCGUCAGGUAUAUGAAAGGGUAGGGAUUUCACUCGUUGAAGUAUAUAAAGGAUAAGGGAAAUCUGUCAUUUGGGUCUGUGAAAGUGCCCAAAAGGGCUAACAAAGACAGAUGAAUUUUAUGGCUUUAUAAACAGAUCUUUUGCAAUAAAAAACACUAACUAAGGAUAAAUUUUCUGUCAUCUAAAUGUCGUCAAUUUUCCCUACGUUGCUAGAUUGGUUCUAUACACUUUCCCCAUGGUAAAAAGUUAUCUUCCGUAUGCAUUAGGGUAAAUUUUUCGUGAAAAAUGGUGUAUAAAAGGGUAAGGGGUUAGACCACCGCACAAGUCGAAGCGUACUGCUACUUAUCAGAGUGUUAGUUUUAGAUCAUAGUCACUAAUGGUUGCAAUUUUCAAUAGUUUUUAUUAAGCAUGCUACAAAACAACAAAAACUAGUUUCCUUGUGCCAGAAAUUUUUAAUAAAUGUUUCAACUUUUCUUCAUUAAUGGGUAUACUAAAGGUUACAAAUUGGAAGCACAGUGAUGCGAGCAGAUGCUGGGCAGUAAAACAUCAUAUGAGAAACGAUGAACUGACAUGGACUUGAUUAAGGUAGAGGGUUCUGCCUCGUACCCGGACGUCUCUCUUUCGAUGAAAAUGAGCGCGCAAAGGAAGGCGGGAAGGAGACAGCGGGCGAGACGUCGCUUCGCCUGCCGUCUGUACCCUUCCUAUGGUCCCUUGCAGUUCAUUACCAGUCACUCGCGUUUCGCGCUCGCCUCUGCCAUACGAAAAACGAAGCGCCUGAGGAGGAGGCUGUAGAGGGUCUCUGUUUCUGUAUUUCUGUUGUAGACAAGAAGGGCAAAGAAGACAGCAGAUUUGCUCAGUUCCGCCCAGAGGCACUGGACAGUAUCAGAAUGGAAGACUUGAUUAAAGAAUACUUAACUUCGAAAGAUAAUGUACGUCGUCACUUACAAUUGGUCAACUCAUUUUUAGUUAUUCUAACAUUUUGACUUCUUUGCACAGCUGUACAGUGCUCGACUUUCAGAAAAAAAUCUUGGACCCAAACUGGAUUGUCGUCCUGAAUUUGGAUUAAGUUUGUAACAUGAGAUGUUGGGCAUCUCAACUAGGCCUACCGUAUUUACUCGAAUAAUCGCCGACCCUGAUAACUGCGUCCCUCGAAUAAGCGCCGCGGCUUAUAAUCAAAAUCUAAAGACGUUAUUUUUUUUUUAGUUUAAUACGGUGAAUACUAAUACUGUAGUUGAAAUAACUCUUUGUCGUGUCCAAUGUCCAAUAAACUUCGCCUUCCAAUAAGCGACACCGUCGAAUAAGGGCUUAUUCAAGGGAAUACGGUAAGCCCCUCUGACGAUGUCCAAAGGCUCAAAUGAAUAAUAAAAAUUGUUGAUCGUUAUUUCAGGCAUUAGAGCUGCGCAUUUUAACAGAGGGAAAAAUGGCACAGGCACUUCGUGAGUUUGUUGAAAAAGACGAAAGAGAUGCCAUAUCGACUGUUGUAAAGUGGCAGCUUGAUGAAGCACAGAAACACUUGAAGAAGAGGCAAAAUGUACGGGAAGAGAACAUUGAGACUGAAGUGUGUAAACAUACAGAAGAGAUUAGGAAGAAAGAAGACGACAAUGAUGAGGAGGAUGCAGAAAGCAUAAGAAAGGUAUCCAAUGAAACCUAUUCUGCCUUUUUUGAAUACUGCCAGUAAACGGGUCAUAACAAGAUCUGAAGUGCCACGUCAAGGGAGCCAUCGCUAUCAAACAAAGAAAACCUUCUCUAGAACAACUUCGUUUCUACGGCUUUUUCCCUUAAAAAAUGGGAGGGUCGGGAAAAGGCCCUAGCAUCGGCAGGUCACAUGACAAAAAAACACCCAGAAAUUGUGGGUGUAAUAUAUUAGCAUGAACUGAUAAAUUCAAGAUGGUGGCAAUGAAUAGCGAGACGAAGGGCAAGCCUCUAGGUUACCUGGAAGUGCUGCGACUAGUUAAAACUGCUUUGGAUAGCGGUCAAUUUCCUCAUUUUAAUUUAAAACCUCUGCAAGUUAAAUGUCUUGAGUACAUUCUCAAGGGUCAAGCCGUCAUUGCGGUGUUACCUACAGGUUUUGGGAAGUCACUGAUGUUCCAUCCCCUACCAUACUUUCUUCCCGUUAAGAAAACCGGAAAUAUCAUAAUCGUCGUGUGCCCUUUAAAUGCCAUAAUAGAAGAUCAGUUGAAAGUCUUGACAAGAAGAAAAAUUGCAUAAAUUAUUAAAUUUUAACCGGCCAAUCAGAAAGAAGAAUCGACCUGCCGAUGCCAGGGCCUUUACCCGCCCCUCCCAUUUUUUAAGGGAAAAAGCCCUGGGAACGAGGAUGUCUCUAAAUAGGGACCAGGGAUUGGACCUUCCAGCCAUUUAUAGUUCUCUUUAGGGAAUUACGUUUACAACGACCUUUCUGUUAAGUAACCGAAUGUCAUCUUAAAUCGCGUGAUGAAGUUUGGGCGAUUAGAACGAAUUAUUCGAUCUGUUUUCAAACUGUUUUGCACUACCGAGUUUUGCAUUUGUUGUUAUAAAAAAGGUAAAAAAUGAUUGAAAAACGAUGUUCACUCUGGCUCGGUCAUUUGAUGACUUGCUUGGAUUGUAUGUACAUGAUGUGGAAACCGUUAUUGUUUAAAGUUAAAUGUUCACGAGUAGAUAGAGGCUUUUCAUCCAGUUUUGCGGAAGACUAUUCAUAGGAAACAUGAUUAAUUGAUUUUCUUAGUGACAAGUAUUAAGUAGAGGUAAAAUUCCAGGACCUAAACGUCUAUCCGUAUUAAGUAGUUUUCCAGCUCAGAACUCAUAUCCUCAAUUGUUUUUAUAAUCAACUUCAGGUCCUGGAAGAAUCCCGAAGUAGCCAAUCAAGAAAUGAAAAUAAUAAUGCUGAUGAUAUGAGUGGCAGCAGUGAUGACGACAGAUCAGCUGCUGUACCAAGUACAAGCAAAGGUAUCAACACAACUGUGUGCUUUGAUGUAGUGAAUAGACCUCCAACGAUAACACCCAAGAAAUACGCCUUGCAUUUGUGAUUCUAAAUUUUUUAAUGUCUUUGUCUUGAUCCUCACUGAUUCGCGAUUACAGCUUGAAACUUUACUUUUCCUCUGCUCACAAGAACGCGUCCUUUUUCAACUACAGUCGACUCCCGAUAACUCGAACCUUCAAGGGAAAUCAAAAACAGUUCGAGUUAGCAGGAGUUCGAGUUAUCGGGAGUACGAAGCAAAUAACCAGAAAGGAGGAAAUGGGAUGGAGAAUGAAUGCAAGUGACAUGAACACUUCAAAGCUUGAUAAAUACACAGUGCUGGACACUGUAUUUAAACUGGACUGACAAAAAAGUAAAGACAAAGAAUACAUGGUUGUUAAAAUAAUUUCAAUGUUUCGGACUUUAGUACACUUUUUUCCACUUGUCAGUCGCUUAAAGCAUGGUUCGAGUUAGCGUGGGUAAAUUUACAUAUAGCAAUGAUCUGAAGGGAAAGAAGAAUUACUUCGAGUUAGCGGGAGGUUCGAGUUCUCGAGGGUUCGAGUUACCGAGGGUAAAAUUACAGUAAAUGUAUGAAGGAAAUCCAUGGGAAAUCGAUUUCGGUUCGAGUUAUCGGGAGUCGACUGUAUGGCUCAGAGUAAGAAAUUUUUUUAACUGACCCUAGGAGGUAAAAGAACUUUUUUUAGAUUGAGGGAAGAAUUUUUACUUUAGUGGGGUAGGUUGCUUGCCUACGAGAGGUUUGAUUGUAUGUAACCAUCCAUCACGUAUCAAUGUGCAUUAAUUUAGCAAGAGAACGUAACGUUAACAAUUUAUUUGAAGGGAUUUAAUGGUGUAUAAGUCAGAUUUCCUGAUUAUAUUUAGAACAGUGCUGGUCCAAGCCGUGAGAAACAGCUUUUCAUGCAGUGCAGCCAUCAGCAGCAAAAUUAAUAACUUAAUCAUACAACCACCACCAAUGAAAAUAUGAUAUCUUCACACGUAAACAGAUCACCGUGGCUAUCGCUGCAUAAUAAAUAGCGUCCUUCGCAGAAAAAAUGACAUUGAAGUUAAAUGGUUUGGUAUUUCAUUGGUGCUUAUAUAAUUAAUUAAAUAAGCGGAACAUUACAUGGCUGUUUGGAGAUACAAAUGUCUCCUCUCGUCUUCUAUAAUAGUUCAAUCUUUCGCUGCGCUCACGCGCGAAAUAUUUUUCAACAUUCGAAGCGAAGUUUCGUAUCUCCGAGCGGCCGUGUAAUAUCCUCUAUUCACGUCAUGGUGCCUCAGCUUAAUGCAGACAUUCCCCUUCGUGUCAACAGGAAAAAAGAGUCGUGGCGAUGUUGGCAACACAUCCUCAAGCGGUACAGCUGAAGGGCGUGGUCGGGGUAGGGGCAGGGGAAGAGGUCGUGGGCGAGGAAGAGGAAGAGGAGCAUCGCAGGCAGGAGCAAACACUUCACGGACUAUUAUGGACUGUAAGUGAAUAUGUAAAAGAUGUAAAUUGUAAUUUGUUCACUCACGAGGGACUUAGGGGGUCGUUAGGGGCUGCUUUCCAUUCAACCCAAAACUCCGGAAAUUUCGGUCGGUAGAUCAAAUGGAAAGGAUCAUUUCGGUUUGUUCCGACCGGAGUAUAUGGGACCAGCUUUGAAGGUGGUCCGCUUUAACCGGUCUGGUCAUUUCGGUCGGUCGGACCGAAAUGUCCCUUUCCAUUUGACAAAAUUGUUGUCCCCAGUACCGCUCUUUCGUAUCCUGCUUAUAGGAACAAUAACCAAACGCGCGGUGGCUCGGGUUGGGUCCGUUCAACCUAAAUGUAUCGUUCCAUUGGGCACGUGAAAUUUCCCAAAUUUCAAACCGGAAUUUUUUCGGAAUGGAAAGCGCCCAGGAACUCGUUAAACCGUGCAUUCCAGAUUGAAUUGUAAUCUGAAAAUGCUGGUUUUGAGGGGAGACGAAAACAGGAGUAUCCAGAGAAAAACCUCUCGGAGCAAGGACAAGAACUGGCAACAACUCAACCCAUAUAUGGCGUCGGCGUCGGGAUUUUAACCCAGGCCUCAUUGGUAGGAGGCAAGUGCUCUCACCACUGCGUCGCCAACACAAUGCAGUGGCGGAACCAGACCUUCAGAUAAGGGGUAGGGGGGAGGGGGGCCGGUCAUCCAGACCCUGAGAUAAGGGGGGGCGGGGCAGUCUCGGUCAUCGCCGCUGGGCGAGUAGCGAGGAGAAACGGCUGUUUUCGCAGGCUACAGAGGCUCCUGCUGCGAUGCCAAUGAAAAGUUUUAAAAAAUAGUAAGCGCGAUCGUCUCCCAGUUACUAAUGGUCCUGACCACACCCAGGGCUAUAAAUAAUUGUCAGUCAUUGGACAAUGCCUGUGUUUUGAACGGACUUCAGACUGAAAGGAUUGACACCAAUCUUUACUAUGGUUAAGUUUUAUACUUACUUUAGAUGGGAAACUCAGGAAAACGUAACGUAGUUGUUUUAUUGCAGUAACAUCGCUUGUUCAAAUAAAAUCUCUCGUGUUCGUAGCACAAUUUUUAAAGACGCAUGAUGCGUCCUUGAUUGACUUUUGUUUUGUCUGACCCAAAUAAUGACUUGGCUGGACACAUGUCCUUUUAAGAGAGAAAAACAAUUGCAGCUAACGACUUCAUUCGCACCCUAACCUGCACCUGCAAAUUAAGCUUAUUAUGUUUUACUUGCCUUUACUUGAAUGUACUAAUUAAGUAUCUCCCUCCCUCUGCUAUAGCCUUUGUCUCAUCAUCAAAAAGACGAAGACAACCGAGUGAUGUGGUGGAGGUAAAGCAGACAUUCUUAACUACAGUAAAUACAUGUUAUUCACUCUCCUGAAGGGUUUGGUGAGGACCUGAGCAGUUUUCGUUUGACCUUGAAGAAUGGUUUCUUUAAGGAGUCGUUAUUAUUUGUUUUAUCGGCCAACAAAAAGAUCAAAAGUUGGACUUAUCAUCUUACCAGAAUAGAAACCCUAAGGUACACAAAGCAUCGCUCGAUUGUCCAAAUGUCGGCAGCCCAGCUUGUCUCUAGCCUGAAGAAACAGCCCAUACUUCGCGACGACUCUACUGGUUUUCCCGUGAAGUAACGUCUGAGGAACGAGUGCAGAAAUUCGAUACUGAUGAUGCGUCACUACCCAGAUCUGGGUAGUGCUCCUGAUUGGUCGUGCCGCGAGGGAAACUUGCUUCAAUCAAUCAGAAGCACUACCCAGAUCCUUGUAAGGAUGCGUCAUCAGUAUGGAAUUUCUGCGCUCGUUUCUCAGACUUCAUUUCGCCAGGAAACCAGUGUUGGCGUUGCGAAAUGUCGGCUGUUUUCAAGGGCUAUCGUGUGGAAAAUUACUUUUCAGCAGCAAAUACGUCCCGUGUUUGUUGAACGAACCAAAAAUGCCACACGCACUCGAGUCUGUACGGUAAACCCAUGAAUAUUCAAGGUUAAACGAAAAUCGCUGUAAUGAAACAAAUAUUUCCCAAAAAAGUUAUAAGUCAAGAAAUCCCAAUAUACAGCAGGCAAAACAGUUGGUUGUUUACAAGCCUGACCAAGCAGUUGGAAGUAGGUCAAGACUGCCGAGAUCUUGCACUCUUAGUCUUGCAACUGACAAGAGCGAAGAUUUUCUGCUGGGAAGGUAAAAGGUAAAGGUGCACACGAGCCAAAGGCCCAAACGGCCAGAGCUUAUCCCGCUUUUCUUAGUAUGAAGCAUGCCUAGGAGUAUUGCUACUCCCCCUGGACGGGUUGCUAGUCCAUCGCAGGGUUGUACCCAUUUAUACACCUGGGAGAAGAGAGGCAAAUUGAAGUAAAGUUCCUUGUCAAAGGAAACAACGCGACGGGCGAGGCUUGAACCCCGGACCUCCAGAUCUGGAGUUUGAGAUGUUAACCGAUCGGCCACACACGCUUCCUUAGCUGGGAAGACUACAUAAAAAUCCAUCGAGUCAGACUACCAAGCUCUCCUGCCUCCUACGUCUAGUUUAUUGUUUGACGAACCUUAAAUAAUAUUUUUUCAUGAAAAAAAGUUUGCUCAUGUUGCUGAAGUAUGGGAGCAAAACAGACGCCUGUCUCAACUUGACGGUUUAAAAUGAACAUAAUAUUCAAUUCAUCUUUAAUAAUCUAGGAGGUAAUUUCUGAUGAAGAUGACAAUGAUGAAUUUAAUGUCCCUCUGUCAUCCUCUUUCAAGAAGACAAAGACAUCCCAGUAAGUACUUCAGCCUGAUAAUAAACGAACAAUUUAAUUUAUAACAAUAAACUAGAUGAUUGUGGUAGACGGAAGUUGUAUUAAAAAGACUCCAUAUUAAGUGGGCAUUCUGUAGGCUGUAGUGAGUAGAAGUGUCAAUGAGUCCCAAACUUUUCUUCUCAUAUUUUUCUUUAAAUAGUUUCAUGGGUGUCAGCUUUAUUUAUGAAUGUUUCACUGCAGUAGUAAAUUCUUCUGGUUUUGCUGCACAUGUUGAGAAUAGGCUGCAAUUAUACUAUUGAAAUACGGAAAAAUUCAAGGCAAGCUUCGAUCUCGGACAAAAUAGACGGAAUUUCGACCUGUUCCCCUUUCCUCUAAAAUCAAUAAGACAAAAUGGUGUGUUUUGGCAUCCGCGUGGCUUCGCUGCUGGGGGAAUGCUUAGGGGUUGUCAUUUUAUGCUGCCCAAGUUUUUUGCCUUUUUAUGACAUUUUUAAUUUGACACUUACCCUGUACCUGAAAGCGAAACCCAGCGUUGAAACAGUUGUAGUUCACGUUACAAAUCUGGCAUUAAUUUUUUUCCUUUUUACAGACUUAAUCAGUCUCAGAAGUCAUCGAGAGGAAGACAAAGGAAAACUGUUGUAAAUCUUGCUGUUGAUGAUGUAAGCUUAAGUUUCUUUUCGUUCUUUUAAACCAAGUUAUGUUAUUUCUCGCUAGCAAGGAACCGUUGUAAGUAUAGUGUGUCAACAUGUAUUUUCGUUUGAAAGGACACACAUUGUAACGCUUUUCGGCGUUGCGUCUACGAUCGAACAACCAAAAGGGCAGUUUAGUCAGGACGCGGGAUUCGCCGAAAUCUUGACGCGGAGGAAAGACGACUAUAUUCGCCACUGUAGAAACGAAAAGGAAACUGGGCCGAGUUAACUUUUGCAAAGACUUCUGGGACUGCUACAGGGAACAAAUUAGCCAAUAGCUGAAUGGCGCGUUAAACUGGCGCGUCCCCAGUAACAAUCCCAGAAGUCUUUGCGAAGCUAACUCGGCCCAGUUUCCUUCCUAUUUCUUAAGUGGAAUUUCGGAAUGCGGGAUGCGGGAUGGUCGUGAAAAAGGAGCAGGGAUGCUGAAUCAGGGAUCCCCCUUCCAAACCCUGUGAUACGAAAACAGUUUUUGUACCAGGUGGUAUAAGAUCCAAAUAAAUAUUGUCUUGUCUUGUCUUGUCUAUGAACUUAGGCGCCCAAGAAAACUAAAGGAGCCAAUCUAAGUAAUUUUCUCCACUUAAUUUCCACAUUUCCUUUAUUACCUGCAGGAAGAAAGUGAGGAUUCAGACGACCCCUUCUCCAUGCAACCAAGCAGUAAAAGAAGCAAACGAUAGCAACAGAUGAGUCUCGCUAUUGCCAAUAGUGGUUACGUGACUGUGCAUCUUUUGACCCUGUACUACUACGUCUUUGAAUAGGUUCCACAGCGCUAAACCUUUACACUCCUUAAAGGGCUAAACGUCAAACUGCAAUGGAAAUUUCAAAGCUGGAUUUAAAAAUUCUGGAAAAAUUAAAUGAUAAAGCCACUUAUUUUCGAGUACGUUACGAUUCGACAAGGGUGACGUCUAUGAAAGCAUCAGUGCAAAACUGAAAUAGAAUGUGAAUUUCUAGUAUAGUGGCAAUGGAGUUGCUUGUGUUUAUCUCCACUUUACAGGGGAUCGAAGACAGUUUAGAAUUCCUGAACAAAACAAAGUUAUCACCCUAUUUGCGCUAAAUAAACAUUAGCGGUACUGUUGGUAGGAAAACAUCGGCCAGUACGGUUUCGCUACGUACUUGUCAAGUUCGCUACUUCGAGUUUGCUACCUAGAUAUUCGUCUCGCUGCCUAUUGGCAAAGUCCAAAACUUGCACCCUUGGAGGGACAAGCUUAAAAAAACGAGAAAUAAUAUAUUAAAAAAUUUUUUCUAGAGCGAUUAAGGGAAUAGUUUCAGUGGUUUACAGAAAGUAAUAUGUAGCGAAUUUGUUGCGUACUAGGACGUAGCGAAUUGGACACGUAGCGAAACCGGUUGUUACCGUGUGGCCUGGCAAGUUGCAGUUUACAGAUAAUUGCACAUAUGUCCUAAUGUAGGGGCGGAUCUAGGUGGAGGGUGCAGGGGGUGCGCACCCCCCCCUCCCUGAGAUGACCUGCGGUUUUCUAAUACAACUGGUAUUCU